AUGAACGUCACACGGCCGGCCCGAUGCCUCCUGUGCAGCUUCUCCCGUGCUGCCACGCCCGUCACUCGAGUCCCGCGUCGCCAAUUCCAUCCCACGCCUGUGUCCCUCUCGAACCGAAAACCUAAAUUCCCCAAUGUCAAGGCUACCUCUGGGGAGAACUACCAGCCCUACACCGAAGAGCAGAAGGCCGAAUUGGCCAAGCAGUACCUCGAAGCCCAGAUGGCCGCCAUCAACGCCGGUGAAUCAGCUAUCGAUCCCAAGGAUCUGGCCGAGCAGUUGAAGGAACGCAGUGAUCCUAUGAGCAUCAAAUAUCUCGAUGAUUUCUCCGUGAUUGAGCCCUCAAUUGACCGGCACCAACGCGCCCCGGUGGAGAACACGGACUACAACUUCAAGUUCAAGAACGAUGACGAUUUCGCUGAGGACUUUGGCCGCUGGAUGGAAUCAUACCCCGAAGGCAAGGAUCCCACAGGUGCUGAUUUCGUUCAGUGGGCAGACAGUUUGCGCGUCACAAAGGGCAAGGCGGAAAACGAGCUGAACCCGAACAGCUCGCUUGUUCCGGACUUCUUCGGACCCGGUGAAACCAUUGACGAGCCAAGUGCGUCAGAGCAGAAGACAGCCGCCGAGAAGGGCGAGAAGGAGCGUUCGGCCGAGGCGGAGGAAAUGACGGAUGGUCUCAAGAGCCUUCUCUUGGCCACGGGGUACACAGAGCGACAGGUCUCAAACCUCCAGACCAAGACCCUUGUCUCGCGAAGUGUCGUCAACCAGACCCGACUUGGAAAGGUCCGCCGUGCGUACCGUCUUUCCAUUGCUGGUAACGGAAACGGUCUUCUCGGUAUUGGCGAGGCCAAGUCCGACGAGGCGGCUGAUGCCAAGAUUCAAUCCCAAUACCGUGCCAUCCGCAACAUGCAGCCCAUCCCCCGUUACGAGAACCGCACCAUCUUUGGUGAUGUCAAGGGCAAGGUCGGAGCUACAUCAUUGCAGCUCAUGCACCGUCCCCCUGGAUUCGGUCUCCGCGUUCAGCACCUCAUCUACGAGAUGUGCCGCGCCGGUGGUAUCCACGACCUGUCGGCCCGGACCGGCCGCUCAAGAAACCCCAUGAACACCGUCAAGGCUGCCUACGAGGCCAUCAUGAGCCAGCGCAACCCCGAUCAGAUCGCUCACGCCCUCGGCAGAAAGCUUGUCGACGUGCGCAAGGUCUACUACGCGGGUAAGGUUUAA